AUGGGAGAUGUGACAAUCCGGUGCUCGAACGAGACAAAAUAUCUAGGAGUAGUAGUGGGAAGCAGGAUGAAGUUUGCAGGGCAUUAUGACCAGGUGAUCGACAAGUCUAUGAAAGCCUUUGGAAAAUUGAAAGGACUGGCAAAAAAAAUCAUGGGAAUGAAGUGUGAAAACUUAAGGAGACUGUACAUCGGAGCGCUGGAGCCCAUGGUCCUGUACGGCUGUGAAAUGUGGGGGCAAAGAAUGAGAGGACGAGGAGAGAGGUCGAAGCUGAUGAGCCUGCAGAGGAAGAUGCUAUUAGGAGUGAUCAAGGGUUACAGCACAAUAUCCCACGAAGCUGUGAGAGUGAUUGCCGGAGUGAUCCCGCUAGACCUGAUGGUAGAAGAAAGAAUCAAGUGA